UGAAAUCUGUGUGAACCCCAUAUCAUUUAUUUAUUUAUUUUUUCAUUUUGAGGACUGUUUCUGCUAGCUAGCUAACUAAACCUGAUUCUAGCCACACACACACACUGGUGGGGGACAAAGGAUUUUGGGACCCAAUGACUGGAAUAAACUGAUAGAAUUCUUCCUCUCUGCCAAGAUGUCAAAAAGAGAAAGAGAAAGGCCAUAUGCCCCUCCCCCUCCCCCAGCCCCUACAACACAAUUGCCCAACACCCCCGGGUUUGUGGGGUACAACCCCUACAGCCAUCUGGCUUACAACAACUACAGGCUGGGAGGGACAACAAGCAACAACAGCCGGGCAACGAAUUCUUCAGGAAUAAACAUUCCAAAGCCACCCAAGCCGCCAGACAAGCCGUUGAUGCCGUACAUGCGAUAUAGUCGCAAGGUUUGGGAUCAAGUAAAAGCCUCCAAUCCUGAUCUGAAGCUAUGGGAAAUUGGGAAGAUAAUCGGUGGCAUGUGGAGGGACCUCACUGAUGAGGAGAAACAGGAUUACUUGAAUGAUUACGAAGCAGAGAAGAUUGAGUACAAUGAGAGCAUGAAGGCCUACCACAACUCUCCAGCCUACCUGGCUUACGUCAACGCUAAGAGCCGCGCCGAAGCCGCUCUGGAGGAGGAAAGCCGACAGCGCCAGUCUCGUCUCGACAAGGGCGAGCCGUACAUGAGCAUCCAGCCAGCAGACGACCCAGAUGAUUACGACGACGGAUUCUCCAUGAAGCACUCGGCUGCCGCCCGUUUCCAGCGCAACCACCGACUGAUCAGCGAGAUCCUGAGCGAGAGCGUGGUCCCCGACGUGCGCUCCGUCGUCACUACCGCCCGCAUGCAGGUCUUGAAACGGCAGGUCCAGUCUCUUAUGGUGCACCAGAGGAAGCUGGAGGCGGAGCUACUUCAGAUUGAAGACCGCCACCAGGACAAGAAAAGGAAAUUCAUCGAUGCCACAGAGUCUUUCACCAGCGAGCUGAAAAGGCUGUGUUGUAUGAAAGUGGAGGUGGACAUGGAGAAGAUAUCUGCAGAGGUCGCUGCGGCAGAGGAUGCAUCCCGCAGGCGUAUGUCGGAGCAGGAGAAGGAGGCGUCCACGUCCUCUUGCCUGGAGGAGGAGGAGAAACCAGUUGGCCCGUCAAACGGCAGCAAGAGCCAGCAGGAGUCUUUCAGUGACAGCAGCAACAAGGAGAGAGAGGAGACGGAACCCAGCCCCAUGGAUACUGGUGAGAAGUCAAAGGCCUCGGAGGAGUCGAUGGCUCGUCCUGCCAGUGAGGUUGAGGAGGGGGCGCCGUCGGAGGACAAGGAGAGUGUUCCGGAAGGGGUGAUGGAGGAGGGCACCAGUGACAGUAACACGGGGUCGGAGACCACCUCUGCCGUGACGGAGGACGCCCCGCCCAGCGAGCCAGCAGCCUCAGAGGGGCCGAGCAGGGCACGCCCUACCGCCCACUGAGGUUUCGACCUAUGACCUUUGGGCCGAGAAAUGUCCAUGAUGCAUCACUCCAUCUCUACAGUCACACUUUGAUGAUAACACAUUGUACAUUAGUAUCUAUGUGAACAAAAGCUGUGUUUAGAUGGGUUUUUAUUUCUGCUAGGAAGUUUUAUGCAAUUGGUUGAAUCUUCAGAGCUCUGUUGGCAGGGUCAAAAUAGACCUGCUGUCAAUUUGCAAAGCGCUUCAAGUCCACAAAGCAAAGUAAUUAUCCCAACUAAAGUGAAUGACAUCUAAACCGAGUCACAAUAAGCCCACGUGAAUUCACCGUAAUUCCAUCACAGACCACAGUGCCAGUCGAAAGCAACCAUCCAUCACCUGUCAAUAUAUCAAAACAUAUCUCCUGUCUUAUUCUAUGGUACUAUAUCUGGCAGACACCAGAUCUUACCAAUUGAGGCUGGUUGUAAAAACUGUCGCAAAAAAAUAAGUUGUUCAAUGUUUAAUUACUUGUUCUUUGGAGUGUAAUGUUAUUGUUGCUUUCAAUGUUAUUUUUGCAUGGUGUCGCAACUCAAAUGGAAGAGUUUGCUUAGUAGCGGAAGGGGUGGGGCGACUCUCCUCUGCCCAAUAUUCUUUCAUGUUUACUCUAAGUAUCAGUAUUAAGUGACAGUAUUGUCUCAGGAGUUAAUAGAAAUAAGUAAUUGUUUUCAUUAUUUAUUAUUAUUCUUGUGUAUUUAGAGUCCUGGGCCCAGUCCAUCCGUCCACCAACCUGUUGUACGCUACGAGUUCAUCCAUGCUGUACAGUUCUACCAGUCAGUGUUCCAAAGUCUGCUAGCUCUCAAUCAAAUCAAAAGCUGUACGCUUAGAACAACCUUUCAGUGUUAUGUGAUUAUGACCGGUAGUACAAUGUUCAACCCAGAACAAACUCUUAAAUGUUCAUAUGCAAUGUAAUAAGCAGGGUUGCAAGGUUUGCGUGAACGUGAGUGGUUUUCCAUCUCAUCCUAAAGCAACUGGAAGAGCAGAGUGAGUCAUCAACAUACUGUCUUAAAAUCGAUUUUGUUUGACAUAUUUAUACCAAUAAACUUUUCUACCCUGA